AGCGGAAGGGGCGGUUUUGUUUUUAUUAUUAGUGCGGUGAUAUGAGCAGGAGGAGUUACUACUGAUAAGAAGGACUUAAACAAAAAAAAUGAGAAAAUGCCGAUACGUAUGAAUUAAUUUUUCCACAUCGAUUCACUCCUGUUGUUGUUGUAGCCGCUCGGAACUGCUCGAGGUCACAGCACUUUAACCAAGUGAUGCUAAGCUGCUACUGCCGUUAGCAGUAGCCUCGUAAAUGUCAGUUAACUGUCGCCCUUUCCCGGUUUAAUUUAGACAAAGUCGUCUGCCGUUCACUCCAGUGUGUCAGUAGUGACCGCCGGGAUUCAAGUGACCUGGCCUCAGGCUACAAGAACAGAGAGCCAUGGGGAAUACAAGCAGUGAGAGGUCUGCGCUGGGCCAGGAGAAGGCUCAGCGGAGAGACAGCCGGAGUAUCAAGGAGGGAGAGAGGCCAAAGAUUCUCAUGGAUAGUCCCGAAGAUGCAGAUAUUUUUCAUAGUGAAGAUAUCAAAGCUCCGUUAGAAAAAGAGGAGUUCCUCGCAUGGCAGCAAGACUUAGAAGCAGAGGACAAAGGGCUGACCCUAGACCGACCCACAGUCUUUCGCUGGACUGGUGAUGGCAAGGAGGUUUACCUCUCUGGGUCCUUCAACAACUGGGUCAACAAGAUUCCUCUUAUUCGAAGCCAGAACACUUUUGUGGCCAUCGUGGAUCUGCCAGAGGGGGAGCAUCAGUACAAGUUCUACGUGGACGGACAAUGGACGCAUGAUCCAACAGAGCCAAUUGUCACCAGCCAGCUGGGCACCGUCAACAAUGUCAUCCAGGUGAAAAAAACAGACUUCGAGGUGUUUGAUGCUCUGAUGGUGGACUCACAGAAAUGCUCAGACAUGUCAGACCUCUCCAGCUCUCCUCCUGGUCCUUACCAUCAGGAUGCCUACGCUCCCAAGCAGGAGGAGAAGUUCAAGUCCCCGCCUAUUCUCCCACCACAUCUGCUGCAGGUCAUCCUCAACAAAGACACUGGCAUUUCUUGUGACCCUGCGUUACUUCCUGAACCCAACCACGUGAUGCUCAACCACCUGUACGCUCUUUCCAUCAAGGAUGGCGUGAUGGUGCUGAGCGGCACACACCGCUACAAGAAGAAGUACGUCACCACCUUGCUAUACAAACCCAUCUGAGUGGAGAGCUCUGAAGACUCUUCAACCCAGUGUGUGCACUGAGUGCACGUUGCUACAUACAUUAGCUCCGCCCUAUUUGAUACUUAGACUGAAACCAGGAUUAGAAAUCAGCCACGAUUUUUCUCAGUAGAUCAUAACCUUGUGUGACAAAGCAGCUCUGAAUGUGUUGGAGGAAAUUUGUAGAUAAUCCCUUCCUCAUUGAUAUUGUUACAGCACAGAUUAGACGUGAAUGACCGACUGUAGAAUCUACUGGAGCAAAGGGUCCAUGUGCAAAUCUACUGGUUCACAUUAUGAGAUGAUGUCGUUGUAGUCAUUAAUCACAUUGACAAGACAGGAGACGACACUUCGGUAAAAUAUCAUGGGCUUAUGUGCCCCCCCAUUAAACCAAGAUGUCAGGUCCUUGUGUAGCUGAAGUGACAUUUAGGUUUAUCGUUACAUUCCUAGUAGCUGGUGACCAUCUUCCCUUUGGUAAAACUCCAUAGGUUCGUUCCCACUCAAAAGGCACUUUCUGUAAAUGGCCAGUAAAACUGCUGUCAUCAUUGAAAAUCAUGAAUGUGAAUGUUCAGAAAAAAUGCACUGCAAAAGUUUUCCUCACUGUUAAUCUUGAAAAGGCUACAGUUAGCGUUGUCUUUGCAGCAUACGUAGUAUUUACAUUGUACAAGUUCAUAUUUUACUCUUUUCUUCCUGUUCACAUUGUGCCCAGUGUGGUGCUUUGGCCCAGGGGCAAUGUCUCUGUCAUUGGUGGGUUCACCUCCUGAGCAAGAAGGUUCACCAGGGGCUGGUGCAGUGCAGUGUGAUUUAGGUGGCAGUCAUAGACACUGCUGCCCCCGCGACCCGGUAACAGAUAAGUAACAUUUCAGUAAAAAUACUAGGACUGCCCCCUCCCAUGUUCACUCAACAGUCACUUUAUGAGGAACAUCUGUGGCUCAUCAUCCAAUCACAAUGCAGCACAUCAACGUAUCUGGCUGAAGCAAGAGAAAGUUGUUUAACAUGUUGGUGGAGAAUAGUCAAAUUAACUCAAAGUGACGGUAAAAAGGUAGUCAUAGACGGGGCCUGCAGGAGUGUGGGGCUAAAAUGUGAAGAUCAUAUUUAAAAUCUUGAUUAUAGAAGUAAAAAGAAAACCACAAAAGUAGAAAAGUAAACAUGUUCAAGAUUUUACAGUUAAAUGUUGUUAAAUGCUUUAACUGUUGCACGGUCUUAACUGCCACUGGGGUAUUUUGUCACGUAGUAAUUCUCAGUUCCAAACCCAGAAUGCAAAUUCUUACUGACUCUUCUCCCUUCUGGCUGCUGCAGAAAAGCCUUAGCUGUGUUAAGUGAAAGAAUUGACCUGAGGUUUUGAAGAAUAAAAGGGUCUCUUUUUUAAUGGAUUGAAGUCGUACAAUCAAAGUCUUUUCUGCAACACUGACACUGGGUUAAACUACUGAAGGUCUUUUAUAUCAUUUUGUGUUGUUUUUGUCUGCUACCUACAGAUUGUUAGCUUGCAUGCUAAUGGCAAAAUGACACUCUGAGUAUGGGUCAGUCCAGCCUUUUAGAUGUCAACAUCAGUCUAUAUUUAUUUGCAGUGAUUAAGAUUAGUCUUGCUGACAUUGUAGUGGGACGCACUCGUAUGACAUCAUGAUUUAAAAUGACCACUUGAUUGACAUGAGAACAAUUACUUUAAGCCUUGAUGUGUGAUCUGUGUUCAUUAUUUUAUUUAGGAGAUGUUUGUAUUAAACACCACCUUAGACACCAAAUGUAUGUGUUUGACUCUGUUUAUAUUUGUGACAAACACAAACUAUCAAAAUGAAUUAAAAUU